ACCGGCGUUUCGACCUUCCUGAAGGUGACUGAGGAGGUGAAGAACUCGUAAUCGUCCGCCAUGUCGAAGAUCGGAAUCAACGGAUUCGGCCGUAUCGGCCGUCUGGUGGUGCGGGCCGCCAUCGAUAAGGGAGCCGAGGUCGUGGCCAUCAACGAUCCGUUCAUCUCGCUCGACUACAUGGUGUACAUGUUCAAGUAUGACUCCACGCACGGCCGCUUCAAGGGCGACGUCAAGGCUGAUGGAGAGUUCCUGGUCAUCAACGGGAUGAAGAUCACCGUCUUCAACGAGAUGAAGCCGAACAACAUUCCGUGGGCGAAGACGGGCGCCGAGUACGUGGUCGAGUCGACCGGCGUGUUCACCACCAUCGAGAAGGCCAGCGCCCACUUUGAGGGCGGCGCCAAGAAGGUGGUCAUCUCGGCACCGUCGGCCGACGCGCCCAUGUUCGUGGUCGGCGUUAACCUAGACGCCUACAAGCCGGACAUGAAGGUGGUCUCGAACGCCUCCUGCACCACCAACUGCCUGGCGCCGGUGGCAAAGGUGAUCCACGACAACUUCACCAUCGUCGAGGGUCUGAUGACCACGGUGCACGCCACCACGGCCACCCAGAAGACGGUGGACGGACCUAGCGGCAAGAACUGGCGCGACGGCCGCGGCGCCGGCCAGAACAUCAUCCCGGCCUCGACCGGCGCCGCCAAGGCCGUCGGCAAGGUGAUCCCCGAGCUGAACGGCAAGCUGACCGGCAUGGCGUUCCGCGUGCCCACGCCGGACGUGUCGGUGGUGGACCUGACCUGCCGCCUGGGCAAGGAUGCCCCCAUGGACGACAUCAAGGCCAAGAUCAAGGAGGCUGCCGACGGCCCGAUGAAGGGCAUCCUCGGCUACACCGAGGACGAGGUGGUCUCCCAGGACUUCCUCAGCGACUCGCACUCGAGCGUGUUCGACGCCAAGGCCUGCAUCCAGCUCAACACCAAGUUCGUCAAGCUCAUCUCCUGGUACGACAACGAGUACGGCUACUCGCACCGCGUCGUGGACCUGAUCAAGUUCAUGCAGUCCAAGGACUAGAAGUCCACCACUGCCGCCUCUCCCGGCUGCCGCUCCGGUUCAGGCUGAACUGGGCGGCGUGUGGUGCGCUCUUCUGGCAGAGCGCCGCCCAGCUCGGCCGGCUCCGCGAGCCCGACCGGCGGCCUGCCACAGUCUC